AUGGCCAAUACCGUCGUCCUCGGCAUGCAGUGGGGCGAUGAGGGCAAGGGCAAGAUCGUCGAUCUGAUCGGCCCGGCUUUCGACGCCGUCGCGCGCUACCAGGGGGGAGACAACGCGGGUCAUACGGUCAAGUUUGGCGAUCGUCAUUUCUCGCUGCACCUGAUUCCCUCCGGCAUCUUGCAUCCCGCCCAACGCUGCGUUUUGGGCAAUGGGAUGGUGAUCUCUCCAGACGCCUUCUUCGCCGAAGUCGAAGGGCUCACCGCGGCCGGCGUAGAGGUCGACGGGAGGCUCUUCGUCGCCGAGCGGGCGCACGUCAUCCUGCCGCACCAUGCGGCCCUCGACCGGGCGCGCGAGGCGGCGCGAGGCGAUGCCAAGAUCGGCACCACCGCUCGAGGCAUCGGCCCGGCCUACGAGAUGAAGGCGGCGCGCUGCGGCCUGCGCAUCGGCGAGCUGGCAGGUGCGGCUCUCGAAACCCGGCUGCAAGCUCAGCUCGAUCGGGCGUUGCCCGAACUCGAGCGGCUGGGUGGCGACUCCGUUCCUUCACUGGCCGAGCUGAUCGAGCAGUCCCGGGAUUGGGCAGAGCGCUUGCGACCCUACGUCUGCGACGGUGCCCGCAGUCUCAAUCGAUGGAUCGCCGAGGGCAGCGGAAUCCUCUUCGAAGGCGCCCAGGGCGCCCUGCUCGACCUCGACCAGGGCACCUACCCCUACGUCACCAGCUCGAGCACCAUCGCGGGAGGCGUCUGUACCGGCGCCGGUGUACCGCCGGGCCGGAUCUCAGGGGCGAUCGGGGUGAUCAAGGCUUAUACCACUCGGGUUGGCGAAGGACCCUUCACCAGCGAGCUCGACGACGCCGUCGGCGAACACCUCAGAGCCCGCGGCCACGAAUUCGGCACUACCACCGGUCGGCCACGGCGUUGCGGUUGGUUCGACGCCGUCGCCGCCCGUCAUGCACAGCUACUAAACGGAAUCGACGUCAUGGCCUUGACCAAGCUCGACGUCCUCGACGAGCUCGACGAGCUCAAGAUCUGCACUGCCUACCGCUACCGCGGUGAAGAGCUGCGAGACUUCCCAGCCGACAUCUCGGUCCUGGCUGCCGCCGAGCCGGUCUACAUCAGCGUGCCCGGCUGGCGCCAGGAAACCGCCGGCACCCUGGACACCGCCGACCUACCAGCCGCCGCCAGCGACUACAUCCAACGGCUCGAAGACCUUGUCGAGGUACCAGUAGGCUUGAUCUCCACCGGCCCCCGCCGCGAAGAAACCCUACUACGCCCCAUCGCUGAGCUCGACCACCUGCUCGGCGGCCAGCUCGAUCGCAUCCUCGAACACCGAGACAGCAAAUCGUGA